AUGGAGAAAACGUAUUUAUCAGAUUCCAUCAGUUUGAUGGUUGACCGGAUUGACGUUUCCCAUGAACUCCCGAAAUACUUCCAGGGACAAUCUUUCGAUCUACUGCUGAAGAGAUUGAAGAUUUCUCUGCUGACAACAAAUGGGUUGUUUGGAGAAGCUGAGAGGAAAGGAGUCAGUCCUCGAGAUGUUAAGCUUCGGCUCCCGGAAUUGAUAGAAGCUUUCUUCCAAGCCGAGGAUAUCUUCGAGGAGAUAUCAACAGAAGCUUUGAGACGAACGGUCGAAGAAAAAUAUGGCAGCUUCACCGGCCAAAUUCGCAGCCUGAUAUCUGGACACCGAUCCUCCUAUAAAGAGACGGAAUCCAGAAUGGAAGAGAUAGUCGAUCAGCUAGAACAACUUGUCAGAAGCUUACAGGAAAAAAUGCCGACACUGACAGGUGGAGAAGUUUCUGGGCAGCAAAGAUCACCAUCAUCGAUAAUCCUUCAAUGUGGUCUGGUUGGCCGUGAGAACGACAAGGAAGCAAUUAUCCGUUUGCUACUUUCCGACGGUGCAAUUGGAGAUGAGAAGCAUUGCUUCAUCGCCAUAGUCGGAAUGCCUGGGAUUGGUAAGACUGCCCUUACAAAUGCUGUUUACAAUGACGAGAGGGUCGGUGAGUAUUUUGAUCUUAAAGCUUGGAUCUGUGUCGGGAAAGAAUUCGAUGUCCUCAGGGUGACUAAGUCUGUUCUUGAGCAGAUCACGUCCUCUGAAGUUAGCCUCGAGGUUCUACCUAUGCUUCAAGAACAGCUAAAAGAGAAUCUUUCAGACAAGAAAUUUCUUCUUGUGAUUGAUGAUUUCUGGAUAGAGAGCAAACCAGAUUUGGAAAGUUUCCAGAGAGCUCUGGCCAGUGGACAUGAGAGAAUUGCAAUAGUUGUAACAACACAAAGUGAAUUUAUUCCCCAUAUCACCAUGACUGUUCAAAGCUACCCACUGAGGUUGACUCGGUGGUUGUGGGACGGUCGGGAGAGGGACGGUCGGGAGAGGAACGGUCGGGAGAGGAACGGUCGGAGAUGGACCGAAAAGCCGCCAUCGACCGAGAAGCCGCCAGCGACCAAAUUUGCCCUAGCGCCGUGGACGUCGCUGUCUAAAGGGGGCGAUUGCUGGGAGCUGAUCUCAAGAAUCGCGUUUGGAGAUAUAUCGCCCGGUUUCAUCGAUCCAGAACUGGAAAGAAUCGGCAAAGACAUUGCUAACCAAUGCAAGGGCUUGCCUCUGUCUGCGUUAACCGUCGCAUCUCACCUUCGAUCAAGGCCAAAUCCACGAGAAUGGUCCUCCGUAUCAACGGAUUUUUCAAGAUACACUCGCGAUAUCCUUCCAGUUCUUAGGAGGAGCUAUGAUUCUCUACCUUCUCAGCUUAAGCGAUGUUUUGCCUUCUGCUCGGUAUUUCCAAAGGGGUAUGUGUUUGACAGGCACAAGUUGGUGCUUCUGUGGAUGGCGAUAGACCUGUUAUACCAACCAGGGAGUGAGAAAAGAAUGGAAGAUAUCGGUUACGAGUACCUCGAUGAACUGGUUUCUAGAUCCUUUUUCCAGCCACUGGACAGCAACAUGACAAGUUUGACGAUGCACGAUCUCAUGAGUGAUCUAUCCAAAUCUGUGUCUGGAGAUUUUUGCUUCAGACAGGAAGAUGAUAGAACCUUAAAGACACCAGACAAGGCUCGGCAUUUUUCGUUUUCAAGAAGCCAAUGCGAUGCUUCAUUGGCUUUUAGCUCCAUCUGCCGAGCUAAACUCCUGGGAACCAUUCUACCAUUCGAUCUGCCACCGUAUCUUGAAUCUCUCCCGCUGAAAAAAGAGGUUCUCAAUGAGCUGUUCCAGGCUCUGAAACAUCUAAGGAUACUUUCUUUGUCGGGUUAUCAUUUAACCAGCUUGCCUGAAUCAUUCAAGGGUUUGAAACACUUACGGUAUCUAGACCUCUCGAGCACCGAAAUGAAAAGGCUACCCGAGUCUUUCUGCACUUUGUAUAACCUGCAGACUCUACUACUGUCGAACUGCCGUUCCUUCACAAAAUUGCCGACAAACUUGUCCAACCUCAUCAAUUUAAGGUACCUCGACCUUGAGGGGACUCCAUUGACAGAGAUGCCGGUAGGAAUAAGCAAGUUAAGAAGCCUGCAAAAGCUGUCUAACUUCCUUAUGGGAAGAAUGAAUACAGGUGCAGGGCUGCAUGAGCUGAAACAACUUACCAAUCUUCGUGGGUCACUCUGUAUCACUGAGCUACAGAAUGUGGCCUUUGCCAAUGAAGCAAAGGAUGCAGGGUUGGAGCGGAAGCCAUCACUUAGAGAUUUACGCUCGUCAUCGAGUCUUAUCAAGGUGCAUUUUUUCCCAUCUUGGCUGGCCGAUCCUUCGUUCUCGAACAUGGUGUCUAUCUACUUGAGUGGAUGCGGUUUUUGCCUGUCAUUGCCUCCACUGGGUCAGCUGCCAUCACUCAAACAACUAGUGAUCGAGAAAUUCGAUAGACUGCAGAAGGUUGGUCAUGAGUUCUUCUAUAAAGAAAACGAUCUUUCCCUUGUGUCGUUUCAAUCACUGGAGACUCUGAGCUUUUACAACAUGCCGAGAUGGGAAGAGUGGAGCUCUCCGGAUAUUGCAGGCGGGGUUUUCCCAUGCCUAAAGAGACUCGCCAUCGACUCUUGCCCAACCUGAAAAGGGAGCUUCCAAAGGGCAUCUCUCCUUCGGUAGUUCACAUCUCCAAGUGCCCGAUAUCACAUCCGAUGGAUGAUGAAACACUGACAUCACCACCCGGUGAUUUUAAAGAAUUUCUAAUUGCUCAGUUGAGUUUUCUACGACAACAACGAGCUGCCCUACUCCAGCAAGAACAGAUCAUCGAAACUCGUCUCAGAGAACUUGAACCAACGAAUUCUGAAUCUCCAAAAGAAGGGUGAUACUGAAACAGGUUAGUCCUAUUCUGAUGUGUGAAGUUAUCGAGGAAAAACCAGAAUCCAUGUAGCAUCAAUACAUCAAGAAGCCUUGAAAGAGACAGGUGGGUUUUUGUGUGUUUAUGCAUGGAUCGUAUUGUUCAAGUGUCAAAAACAGAAACCACAAAUGCAGAAACCAAACUGAGAAAAUAUUGUGAGAGUUGUUGGCAUGUAUGGCUCAAGUUUCCGAGAAGAUAACAUCAGUUGCAGUUUGGUGUCAGACAAGUUGCAGUUAAAGACAGUUUCUGGUGGGUUAUUUUCAGUUUAUUCUGGUUAAAGUUUGAAUUUAAGAUUGUAAUUUCUCUGUAACAACCUAGGACAGUUAGGUUACUGAUAGAUGUGAGUACUUGUUUCGGUGUAAAAUGAAUGAAGCCCGUUUUCUGAAGUAACUUUCAGACUUUAAAAUCAG